AUGCCGUACGUGUUUGGAUUCAGGUCGAGGCUCGUCGUCGCGUUUGGAUCGGCCGAGUUUGGAUCGUUAGCCGACCGUCACGCGGUAGAGUCUGGGUACCGCUGGGGCGCGAAGGACCUGACGCGAAAGUACGCGGAGACGUUCAGCAAAGUCGGUCCGCACAGGGUGGACGAAUCGUGGCUGCGGUCGACGACGUCGACGAUGGCGGCGGGCGAUCGCGCCGUGGACGAGUUUCGCGCGGCGGACGACGUUCAAUCGUCGGACAGACCGCGGCUUCUGGAAGUUUCCGCGUUGGCGCGUGGCGCGUGUCGAGCUGAGGACGUUCACAUGGACGCCAAGUGCCUCACCGAGCGCGUCCCGUCGUCGUUCGCCGAGCUUCGAAACCAUCCGCUGUGGGCGGUGGAGCGGUUCCUGACCAAGACGCAGUGCAUUCACCCGCGAUUUCCGGUGAAGGGUUUCAUCCAGGGCGAGUGCGUGUUUCCCAGGUCCUGCGUCAGGGAGCUGAGGAGCGCCGAGCGGUGGAAGGCGGAGUGCCGGCGGAUCGUGCUCGUCUCCGAGCUCCAGAAGCCGGCGAAGCGAAUGCACUCCCGAAUCCAGGCGGCGAGGGCGAGGGUGCAAAAGGCGAAAAAAGACGCCGAGCGGAUCGACGCCGCGCGGCGGGGACGGGGAAAGAAUGGGGGCCACCCGCCCCGGCGCAAGGGCUCAAGGUCCGUCGAGGAGGUCGCUGCGGCCAUGUCCAAACGCGAGAACGGCCUCGGCGCGAACGGCAACCCGGGGGGCGGGGUGAACGGGGAGGAGGAGGAGGAGGAGGAGGAGGAGGGCGAGGUGUUUCUUUACGGCGAGUGGCAGACGGAGCCGUGGGAUCCGCCAGCCGCGAAGGACGGCGUGGUGCCCAAGAACGACCGCGGAAACGUGGACCUCCACGGCGCCGCUUUACCUCCCCCGGGGACGGUUCACGUCAACCUGCCGAGGAUCGCGAGGGUCGCCAGGGCGCUCGGGAUCGAUUACGCGUCGGCGCUCGUGGGUUUCGAGUUUCACCGGGGCGGUAAGACGACGCCCAAGUUUGAAGGCGUCGUCGUCUGCGAAGAGUUCGAGGGUAGGCUACGCGAGGCCCACGCGGAGGAGGAGGCGCGGUUGGUCGCGGCGAAGGCGGAGAGGGAGAGGCGCGAGGCGAAGGCGCGGUGGAGGGUGCUGUUCAGCGCGAUGUGGACGCGGCUGAGUCUCCGAGAGGAGUUCGCGAUGGACGACGGGGACGACAAUGGGGACGGGGGCGGCGAGCCGGACGAGAGGGAGAAGACGCGUCUCGAGGAGGAGACGGUCGAUCGCGAACGGCGGGGAGGCGGGAAGCGGGCGCGGUUGGGCGCGGACGAGGAGGAUGGGGAAAACGACGGGGGAACGAAGCGGGUUCGGCUCGGCGCCGCCGCCGAGGUGGAGGAGUUGUGAAGCGUCUGAAGCGUCUGAAGCGCGUCUGUUUUUAACGAUCAAGUCUACGGAUGGGGU